AAAGAAUGCCAAACAUCCUCAUAAUUUCCCUAAAAUUCUCCCUAAAAUUCUCCCUCUAGAAGUUUCAGUUAUUGCUGUUAUGUAAAUCUGAAUUACUCUGAUCAGUGCUGUUGUUAUGAUCGCAAGAAGACAAGGAGAUGCUGUCUCAGCACACGGAGCCACGGGAACCGGUGCAAGUUGAUGCAUUGCUCAAUGGUACUCAGCCUAUGGAAGGCGAUGGUUCAUCUAAUAUGGCGAAAAAGCGGAGAAUUGUUGAAGUAGUGGAUGAAAACUUACAGCUUGAGCAUGUGAAGCCUUUUAUUAACAAUGUGAGCCUAGUCAAUAAAACGGGUCCUCAAUGGUCUCGUGUCCUUUGUGGUUCUUUUACUGUGGAAGAGCAAGAGCCGGACUUUUCCUACUUUAAUGACAGAAUUCGUAAUCUGUGGAAAGCACACGACAUUGAAAUUGAAUAUAUCAUGAAGAAGCUUAAGGGUUUUUAUAUUUUCAUAUUCAACACUGAUGAAGGUAUGUUAGAUGCUCUAGAAAAAGGACCAUGGACCAUCGAUGAUGUCCAAAUUGUUCUCAAGAGGUGGGGUCCGGGUCACUUUCUUGACAAGCAUAAAGAAGAUAAAAAGAACCCUGUUUGGAUUCGAAUGUAUGACAUGCCUUGCGGGUUGUGGAAGCUGGAUGUGGUGAAGAUCAUGUCUAGCAUGUUUGGUAUUCCUAUAGGCGUUGAUGUUCAUACAAGACAUAUUUGUGAGAUUGGGUCGCAUACAGCUGAAUAUGCUAGAGUUUUGGUUGAUGUUGACACAACUAGAGAUCUGGUUGAUGCGAUUUCUGUUUCAUUCCCUAAUAGUAAUGGAUAUCUAUUGUCCGAUCUUCGAAUUGAGUACCCAAUUAGUAGGUGUUCUUUUUCCAAGGCGUUUGACCAUACUGAUAGAAAUUGUGUUGGCGCGAAGGACAAAGCCAACAAGCUCAAUGAGAUGCAUUUGAAGAAAGAACAACAGGACACUAUUAUCAAGGUUGCGGUUGCUCAUGAUCAAGACCUGGUUGAACAGAUAGGGAAGGAUAUAUAUUUUGAUCUUGUCGACCAUAACAAAGUUUGGAGCUUUUGUGUAGAGAAGCAAAUGCCAUUUAACAAAGUGAAGGAAGAGGUUGCUAGAGCAUUUGGUGUGCCUGUUGAAUGUCAACGGUUCUGGACAUGGGCAAAGAGACAAAACCACACAUACCGUCCUUAUAGGCCUUUAACACGCCUAGAGGAAACAAAAUCGGUUGGGGAGUUGAGGGUGGCUUACAAUAAGAUUGGUAAUGCUGAAGCUGAACUGAAUUUGUUCUUGGAGACAACUGUGAUUGGCCCGGAUUCGCGUCUGCUUCCUCCACCUCACAUAAGCAAAGAAGAUAUACUUGUUUUCUUCAAGCUUUAUGAUCCUGACACGUUACAACUCCGAUAUGUUGGUAGGCUUUUUGUGAGGAGUUCUGAAACACCAACUGAAAUUAUAUCAAAAUUAAAUGAGAUGGUUGGAUUUAGUCCGGAUGAAGAAAUCGAACUGUACGAGGAAAUUAAAUUUGACAAGUAUCAAGAACUAGAAUUUGGUUCAUGUGUGAUGUGUGAACGUCUUGACAAGAGAAGCUCAUUUAGAUCUAGCCAGAUCAGGGACGGAGACAUUAUUUGCUUUCAGAAACUAUCCCAGAUUGAAUACAAAUACGCUGACGUUCCUUCAUUUCUGGAACAUGUAAAAAAUCGUCAGGUGGUUCGUUUUCGAUCUCUGGAUAGGCCUAAUGAGGAUGCUUUUAUUCUUGAAUUGUCAAAGUUGCAUACAUACGAUGAUGUGGCUGACAGAGUUGCUAAGCAACUUGAUGCGGCUGAUACAUCAAAAAUCAGGUUUACUCGUCACAACUAUUAUUUUAAAAAGCCAGAGUCCAACCCAAUCCAGUAUCGUUUUCAAGGACAUUUACCAGAUAUGCUACGCCACUACAUUCAGGAUUAUGGUAUUAUGUAUUAUGAAGUGUUAAACACCAGUCUGCCGGAAUUACAACAUAUGAAAACCUUGAGGGUUGCAUUUUACGAUGCAACCACUACCAAGGAAGAGCUUGCCAUUCACAAUAUUAGCCUGCCUAAGCAGAGCACUGUGGAAGAUGUUCUCACUGAAAUUAAGAAAACGGUCAAGACAGAUGCUGAACUUAGAUUGCUUCAAUUACGCAGCAACAUGAUUUAUAAGGUAUUGACACCGGCUGCGACAAUUGAGGGUAUAGAUGACAAAUACUGGACAUUAUUACGUGCAGAGAAAAUUCCAGAAGAAGAGAAGGACAUGGGAACCAGGGAUCGGCGCAUUCAUGUGUACCAUUUCACCAGAGAGGCUGACCAGGAGGUGCAAAACUUUGGGCAGCCUUUCUUUCUCGUAAUUCGUGUAAAUGAAACUUUAGCUGCUGUUAAAGUCCGCAUUCAGCACAAGUUACAGGUCCCUGAUGAGGAAUUUUCCAAGUGGAAGUUUGCAUUUGUAUAUCUGUCAAAUGUCAAGUAUCUACAAGAUUCAGAUAUUGUAUCUCACCCUUUUCUGAGAACAAGAGACAAUGAUUUGCUGCUGCCACCGUACCUUGGGUUGGAACAUACUCGGAACACCAACAGGCUACAGCAACUUGGGUGCCUAAAUUAGUCUUUCCUUUCCUAUGUUGGAUGUGGGGACAUGUAAAACGGUUGACCUUGUUUUAAUGUCUAAUGCUGACCCUCGUUAAACUAUAAUUAUGUUUCAG